CGCCCUUCACACACUACAUUUUUCGAGCUCGCUAGUUUAAAUAUCGGCCACUCCACUGCAGAACAACGCCAUUGAUCCCUGCAGAUUCUACCUUGCUUGGCGACAGCGAAGCGCACUCGAUACCGGCAUUACGUCAUCGGCGACAGUUGGACACGCCGGACCCAGAAAAUCACAGCAAUGUGUUACCACAACUACAGCCAGCAUAAUGGCUGCGGGCACAUUGGAGAGUCACAUGAGCAUCCGUGGACACUAUGCGACCAGGCCAUCCAGCGGCUGAACAACCUCCGCGGGCCGGGCUCUCCACCCGUCUCCCCACCAGCCACAGCGCCGCCCAAGCGCACUUCGUCCACACGACGUUUUUUCUCGCUGAGCGGCCAGCUCUCGCGAUCGAAUACCAGUGCGUCGACGAGCUCUCGGCGGUCGGGCGCAUCUGCGCCAAGAACCUCGGUUUCCAGCUCGGGCUCGUACACCUAUACCGUCGAGCUAGACUACUCCACCCUGCCUGACCACCAACUCGCAGCUGUAAGAUGCGCAGACCCAACACGCCGCACCUAUGUCAGUAGGGGCAUGGUUGUGUGCAAGGAGUGCGCGCGCUGGAUCGAGGCCAUGCGCAGCAUGAUCCAGUUUUACGACAAAAAGGGCAGUGUCCGGGGGACGGCUGCGUUUGAAAAGUUCCUCAAGUGGGAGGGUGAGGGCGGCGGCGAACGAGAAGGCGAUCUCACGGUCCCGCUUGACAGCGGCGACGACGGAGCUGUAUACGGCGCCAGACAGGCGAUUAUUCUGGGGCACCCGGAGAGUGCCAUGAAUGCCGAGGGGCCAAGGGGUUUAGGCACGCUGGAACGAGAGAUGGAAAGUCGAUAUCGAUAUUGAAAAGUCCGCUCUAACUACGAAAGAAGGGGGAAACCAAGAGUUGCGGGAAUAGUGUAUGACUGAGGCAUGUUGGGCCGUGUAAUUCAGUCGUGGGCUCUUUCUUUUUUGGCCGCGGUGAUAUGAAACUAGGUAGACAAUCCUUACAUCACACUCCGCAUGACUGGUCCGGAAGGCUGGGCCCGUUCCUCGCGCCAAUCAUUGACGCAAGGAUUAGGAAGCAAGGACAGGUUGUCUGACAAGAAGAUCGCAUGUGAUGUCCCAAUGAUUACUAUUGCCUACAAGCAAUCUUUUGUCAAACUUUACUUUGAAG